AUGUUGUACGAACUCAUAGGAAUUGUGCGACCUGGCAGUCUUGCCGAGGUGAAGGAAAUCGCCCUCACCGCCGGCCAAAUCGUUCUCCGCAACGGCGGCGUCAUCCGCGGCAUCUCCAACUGGGGCGUCUUCGCCCUGCCGCGCCCCAUCUCCAAGGCCCAGAUGAAGCACAAGGCCGGCCACUACUUCGUCAUGCGCUACGACGCCUCCUCUUCCACCCACACCGACAUGCGCACCACCAUCAACCUUGACCCCCGCGUCAUUCGCACCGCCCACGUCAAGCUCGGCGACGGCAAGCUCGAGACCACAGCCCGCUUCGGCGAAGUCAAGUGGGACCGGUAG